CACACAAGGACCUGCCUACUUGCCAGUCUAUAGCACCGUUGUGAAAAAAGACAGAAAAAAGAGGCCAGGAGUCGAGCGAGUGAGCAGAGAGUGAAAGAGUCAAAGAACGAGUCAGCAAGAGUAAGUGAGGGAGCGAGGGACCGUUAAUUUCAUCCACACCGUCUCGAGUGCGCCCGGGAGAAUUACAUUGUUGCAACAUAAUCGAGGAGGCAACGGGAAUAGCUACUACAACUAAGGAAACAGAGAUAUAAUCAUGGAUCAUUAUGAUGGGGAAGACAACGAUUACAUGCAGCAAGAGGACGACUGGGAUCGCGAUCUUCUCUUGGACCCUGCGUGGGAAAAACAGCAGAGAAAGACGUUCACAGCGUGGUGUAACUCCCACCUCCGGAAGGCGGGCACCCAGAUCGAGAACAUUGAGGAGGACUUCCGGGAUGGCCUAAAACUCAUGCUUCUUUUGGAGGUCAUUUCGGGGGAGCGUUUGGCCAAACCAGAGCGGGGAAAGAUGCGGGUACACAAGAUCUCCAACGUAAACAAGGCUCUGGACUUCAUCGCCAGCAAGGGGGUCAAGCUGGUGUCUAUUGGGGCGGAAGAGAUCGUUGACGGCAACGCCAAGAUGACCCUCGGAAUGAUCUGGACCAUAAUCCUCCGCUUCGCCAUCCAGGACAUCUCUGUGGAAGAGACAUCAGCCAAAGAAGGCCUGCUAUUAUGGUGCCAGAGGAAGACUGCUCCCUACAAGAAUGUCAACAUUCAGAAUUUUCACAUCAGCUGGAAAGAUGGGUUGGGAUUCUGUGCGCUCAUUCACAGACAUCGUCCAGAGCUCAUCGACUACGGGAAACUGCGCAAGGAUGACCCCAUGACCAACCUUAACACGGCUUUUGAUGUGGCCGAGAAGUACCUGGACAUUCCCAAGAUGCUGGACGCUGAGGACAUCGUGGGCACUGCCCGCCCGGAUGAGAAGGCCAUUAUGACCUACGUCUCUAGCUUCUACCACGCCUUCUCGGGCGCCCAGAAGGCAGAAACAGCGGCCAACCGGAUCUGCAAGGUGUUGGCAGUGAACCAAGAGAAUGAGCAACUUAUGGAGGACUACGAGAAACUGGCCAGUGAUCUGCUGGAGUGGAUCCGCCGCACCAUCCCCUGGCUGGAGAACCGGACCCCGGAGAACACCAUGCAGGCCAUGCAGCAGAAGCUGGAGGACUUCCGGGACUACCGCCGCCUGCACAAGCCGCCCAAAGUGCAGGAGAAGUGUCAGCUGGAGAUCAACUUCAACACCCUGCAGACCAAGCUGAGGCUGAGCAACCGGCCUGCCUUCAUGCCCUCUGAGGGCAAGAUGGUCUCGGACAUCUCCAAUGCGUGGGGUUCGCUGGAGGGGGCAGAGAAGGGCUAUGAGGAGUGGCUGCUCAACGAGAUCCGCCGGUUGGAGAGACUUGAUCACCUGGCAGAGAAGUUCCGCCAGAAAGCAGCCAUCCACGAGGCGUGGACUGAAGGUAAGGAGGAGAUGCUGCAGAAGAAGGACUAUGAGACUGCAUCCUUGUCGGAGAUCAAGGCCCUGCUGAAGAAGCACGAGGCCUUUGAGAGCGACCUUGCUGCCCAUCAGGACCGAGUGGAGCAGAUCGCGGCCAUCGCACAGGAGUUGAAUGAGCUGGACUACUACGACUCUCCCAGUGUGAACGCCCGCUGCCAGCGGAUCUGUGACCAGUGGGACGCCUUGGGCGCCCUGACCCAGAAGCGCAGCGAGGCCCUGCAGAGAACUGAGAAGCUGCUUGAAACCAUCGACCAGUUAUACCUUGAGUUUGCCAAGAGGGCGGCGCCGUUCAACAACUGGAUGGAAGGGGCCAUGGAGGAUCUGCAGGACACCUUCAUUGUCCACACCAUUGAGGAGAUUCAGGGUCUGAGCACAGCCCACGAGCAGUUCAAAGCCACGCUGCCUGAGGCAGACAAGGAGCGCCAGGCCAUACUGGGCAUCCACAAUGAGAUCACCAAGAUUGUGCAGACUUACCAUGUCAACAUGGCUGGAACCAACCCUUACACCACCAUCAACCCCCAGGAGAUCAAUGCCAAGUGGGACAAGGUGCGACAGCUGGUGCCACAGCGGGACCAGGCCCUGAUCGAGGAGCACACCCGGCAGCAAAACAACGAGCGUCUGCGCAAACAGUUCGCCAACCAGGCCAACGUCAUCGGGCCCUGGAUACAGAACAAGAUGGAGGAGAUUGGCCGCAUCUCCAUCGAGAUGCACGGGACCCUGGAGGACCAGCUGACGCAUCUGCGCCAGUACGAGAAGAGCAUCGUCAACUACAAGCCAAAGAUCGAUCAGCUGGAGGGAGACCACCAGCUGAUCCAGGAAGCACUCAUCUUCGACAACAAGCACACCAACUAUACCAUGGAGCACAUCCGAGUUGGCUGGGAGCAACUCCUCACCACCAUCGCUCGCACCAUCAACGAGAUCGAGAACCAGAUCCUGACGCGGGACGCCAAGGGCAUCAGCCAGGAGCAGCUGAACGAGUUCCGGGCCUCCUUCAACCACUUCGACAGGGACCACUCCGGCACACUGGGCGCUGAGGAGUUCAAGGCCUGCCUGAUCAGCCUGGGCUUCGAUAUCGCCAACGACGCACAGAAGAGAACAGGAAUGAUGGAUCCCGAAGACUUCAGAACCUGCCUUAUCUCCAUGGGUUACAACCUGGGUGAGGCCGAGUUCUCCCGCAUCAUGAGCAUCGUGGAUCCCAACCGGCUGGGUGUUAUCACCUUCCAGGCCUUCAUCGACUUUAUGUCGCGUGAGACAGCCGAUACAGAUACUGCCGACCAAGUCAUGGCCUCUUUCAAAGUGUUGGCUGGGGACAAGAAUUACAUCUUGGCGGAUGAACUCCGUCGGGAGUUGCCCCCAGACCAGGCAGAGUACUGCAUUGCCCGCAUGGCACCCUACAAUGGUCCCGAUGCUGUACCUGGUGCCCUUGACUACAUGUCCUUCUCCACUGCACUCUACGGAGAGAGUGACCUCUAAACCCUCCCCCAGGACUGCCCUGGGACCACCAACUCAGCAAUGGCCCUUUCCAUAGCCAGCUCCUCCUGUCAUUACCACAGCUAGCUCCUGUUAGCCUUUACCACAACUAUUUCUUCCCUGUCCUGACCACAUCGAGCUCUGCCUUGCCUUUACCAUAGCUGGCUCCUCCCUGCCCCUACCACAACCACCUCUUCCUUUUCCUUACCACGGCUAGCUCCUUCAUACCCUUACGACAAUAAGCUCCUCCCUUACCGUACCACAGGCAGAUCCCCCCCACCCCCCCUGCCCACCACUCCCAUGGCCCCAGUUUACCAAGCUGGCACUUUUUGUACACCCCCAGACUUUUUCUCUGCCCUGUUCCUCUCCCUUUCCUCGCUGGUCCACCCCCAACACGCUCCGUCUGUUGUACUUGCUUUUGAUGCAAUGCAGCACCUCUCCAGGUUUACAAAGGGGAGAGAGAAUUGUUUCUUUCUGUUUUUAUUUUUUGUUGUUCUUGUUUUUCUUCAAAAAAAAAAUAAAAAUUAACAUAUUUUAUUAUACAGAACGAAAAAGGUAUUUUUCUCCACCUGAUUAAAAAAAACAAACAAAAAAAAAAUCAAAAACAAAAAU